AGAGAGAGGGAGAGAGAGAGAGAGAGUGGGGAGAGGGAGAGGGAGAGAGAGGGAGAGAGACAGAGUGAGCGAGGAGCGAGUGAGAGAAGGACCUGACAGCUACAGAGUUGAACAGAGGAGUUUGUGAGGAGAGAGGGUACUGCGUUAUUUGUAUUCAGGUUCUUUCGGUGAAGUCACUUCCUGGCUGUUUGUUUUUUUCUGCCGUUGCCCUCAGUAACCACCCCUAGCAACCACUGCCAUGGGAGACCUUGAGCAGCUUCGCCAGGAAGCAGAAUCGCUGAAGAAGCAAAUCGAGGAGGCUCGUAAGGGUGUAGCGGACACCACUCUGGCUGAGUUAACGAGCGGGAUCGAGGUGGUGGGGAGAGUCCAGAUGAAAACCAGGAGGACUCUCAGGGGACACCUCGCCAAGAUCUACGCCUUGCACUGGUCAACUGACUCCCGGUUGAUGGUCAGUGCCUCUCAGGAUGGAAAGCUCAUUGUCUGGGACACCUACACGACCAACAAGGUCAAUGCUAUCCCCCUGCGCUCCUCCUGGGUGAUGACCUGUGCUUACGCCCCCUCUGGUAACUUUGUUGCGUGCGGUGGUCUGGACAACAUGUGCUCUAUCUACAACCUGAAAACCCGUGAUGGGAAUGUGAAGGUGAGCCGCGAGCUCAAUGCGCACACCGGGUACCUGUCCUGCUGCCGCUUCUUGAACGACAAUGAAAUCAUCACCAGCUCAGGAGACACCACCUGUGCUCUCUGGGACAUCGAGACUGGCAGUCAGAAGACAGUGUUCACGGGGCACACAGGGGACUGCAUGAGCCUGGCUGUGUCGCCCGACCUCAAUUUCUUCAUCUCAGGGGCCUGCGACUGGUCUGCCAAGCUGUGGGACGUGAGAGAUGGGAACUGCAGACAGACCUUCACUGGACACGAGUCUGACAUCAACGCCAUCUGUUUCUUCCCCAAUGGUAAUGCAAUCUGCACUGGUUCAGACGAUGCCACCUGCAAGCUGUUUGACCUGCGCUCGGACCAGGAGCUCACCUCGUACUCCCAGGAGAGUAUAAUCUGCGGGAUCACCUCCAUCUCCAUGUCCCGCAGCGGCCGCAUGAUCCUCGCCGGCUACGACGACUUCAACUGCAACAUCUGGGACACGCUGAAGGCCGAGCGGAUUGGCGUGCUCGCGGGUCAUGACAACCGGGUCAGCUGUAUCGGUGUCAACGAAGACGGGAUGGCAGCUGCUACCGGAUCAUGGGAUAGCUUCCUGAAAAUCUGGAACUAGAAGAAAUAGCAGAGGAGGGGAGAAGGGAUCAUGGGAAAGAAAAAAAAAGAAAAACCUGUCAGCUGAGAAGACUACAUUUCCCACAGUCCUUUUCACCAGUAAAGGCAUCCAUUACUUACUUGUCUACAGACAUGGAUUGUUGGAAAUGUAGUCUUUGGUUUAUUGUGCACUAUCCAGUCUUGAUAGGGGUGCAGUGUCUCCUCACCAGUGUAAAUGAGUCUCUCCCCAUCUCUACAAUGCAACUGGGAUAAAAGGACGGGAACAUAAAAUCGGGAAAAAUGUAAAUCAGGGAAUUUUAAUUUGUGUUUCACUAUUUAAAGUAAAUAACGUUUGUUGUUUAAUAUUAUUAUAAAUACAUACACAUAUAUAUUUUAGGCAAUAUUUAUUUUUCUUGUACUCACAGUUGAUCAAGCCUGAUGAUGUCACCAUCUUGUUUUCCAGUGAAGAAUGUUGAAACAGCUUGUUAAUAAAACAGCAUAUUUCAGGGUAACUUCACUCAUUUAACUAGUUAUUCCAUGUAUUCAGAAUUUCAGAACAGCACAAUCAUGGAUUAUAAGUGAUGUAAAGCAAUUCUUAAUAAAGACUAGUUGGCUGCA